GUUGAAGUCAGCGAAUAUUAAAAAAGGAAACACUGCCUUUAAACUUUUGGUUGAAGAGAUACUACAGCGUUUAUAAACUCUGAAAUUUGUGCACAUUCCUAUUCCUUGCUGUGAAGCAUCACAGGUAGAAGCAAUAUGAGACCAUCAACGCUGACUGCCUUUUGCAUUUGUGUCGUGCUUGUAAUGACAGCUGGAAGUGAGGAUACAUAUGUGUACGAGGACCUUUGCUUGGUUGACGCCGUGACCACUGCUUGGGGCAAGAUCCCUGUUGGCUGCAACGCAUCCUGCAUGGAGGAAGGACCGAAACUUUUGAAAAAUGGCACCUUAUGCAUUAGUAUGACAAGGGAAGAACUGCGAAACAUGACACCGUAUACCAACUACUCCUGCCCACUAGGCUUGUGCGAUGCAGGCAUUUGCGUAAACUGCAACUCUACGUGGUGUUACAAGCACCCGGUCCAUACCAUGGCUGCUCCGAAAUAACUGACCCCCCCACCCCCAAUGGCUUUACAGUAAACGUUUACUUAAUUACUCCUGA